AACACAACCCCCAAAGCAGUAGCGUGUAUCUAUAUAUCGUUUGUUGCCGUAUAACCUCUCCGUCCGCGUGCAUCCAUACACACACACAUACAAGAAGUACCAUCACACUGCUCUAUGUGUUUAUUUACUUGUUUAUUUCGUUUGUGAGCCGUUUGCGUUGAUCUUCCUUUUUAUUAUUAUUAUCGUUUUACUCUCCUUCCUGUCUCAGCCCUGACAUUUUCUUUUUGUUUGUUGUUGGAACAAAUUUGUUCAUUGCAUUGUGCAGCAUCGCAGACUGGCUCCCCUGCACGUCGUCAAGGACGUUUUUAUUUUCAUUUUGGGCCACUGUGAGUGUGUGAGUGUGUGUGUCUGUUCUCUCCGUUGUCUGCCAGUCCUGCGGUGCUGAGUAUCUUUCUCUUCUUUCGUUUGUUUGACCCAACGCACUCGUUGUGCUGUGCUGCCACCCGGGGAGAUCGUCAUCGUGGUGCGCUCCUAUUAUUAUAUAUUUGUAUUUGAUUUCUGUUCUGCUUCGCGUCAUCGCUGGUGCGGUCCGCCUCCUUCACGCUUCUGUGUUCCUCCCUCGCCGCCCCGGUUCUUCUUGCUUUCCACGGUCGGCGGAUAUCGUGAGGCGGAACGGAGGAAGGAGAACUUGGAGGCCGUCGCUGCGCGCCCCGCUCCACCAAAAAUCGAGAAGAAAACCAAAAUCAAAAGAAGGACCAAACACACCACUCGUCAUUCAUCAACGACAACAGCAAAAAAGGAAAAGGAAUCAUGGACCCCUCACCACCACCACCGCAUCUCUCAAGCCCACCGCGUGGCGGCGCUUCCGUCCGCUUCCAGCGCUCACACGUGGUGGAGAGCAGCGGCAGCCCCGGCGGCACCGCCCCGGCGAGUCCGCCGACGGUCCCGCCGCGCCAUCCGGCCUCCCCACCACCGAAGCAGAAGGGCGAUGUUACCGUCAGCGACUCCUCCAGCACCUCGGAGAACAACCCAAAUGCCAUCUUCCCGGCCGGCUUAACGGAGGACGCCGUGCAGCGGGCGUUUGGAAAGGAGAGGGACGCUGCUGCUGCUGUCGCCUCCCCGGCUGGUGCGAACAAGGCGAUGAGUGGCGGCGAGUCCCCUCCCGGGAAUGGCGGUGUGGGGAGACCGAGCGGCGGGCGGCGCUCCGGCGGCAUCGUCAUGCCAACCCGCAAGGAUGACAGCGACGCCGUGUCCAUGUACAGCCUAUCGCAGUCCGUGCUCCCGCCAGACCCCCGCGAGCGCGUGUACUACCGCCCGCGGCGUCACCUGCUGCAGUGCUACGUGCAGCGGAAGAAGCAGCCGGGGCUCGGCAUCGCCUCCCUGCUGCCCGGCAGCCACAAGUCUUACCAGUUCUUCUUAGAGCACACCAAUGACUUUGUGCUGGCGGCCGUGCCUCGCAACGCGAAGUCGCGGGCGAUGGUGGAGGACACGUCGGACGGCGUAGGCGGCCACUUCUACUCCAUUUCCAAGGGCGGCGGCAACGUCGUCUUUUCGAUUAACCAGCAGCAGCUGGACGGCGACUCUCGCAGCUUCGUCGGCAAGCUGUCGCGGCGCGGCAACGGGCUGGAGAUGGUGAUGUUCAGCGAGGGGAACAAGGCGACCCGGAAGGAGAUCGUGACGGUGCUGCUGGAGCACUUCGAGGACACGAGUCAGUCCGCCUUCACGGUGCUCCUGCCCGCCAUCGACGCAGAGUCAGGCUACAUGAAGCCGGUCGAAGGCGGCGAGGUGAAGUUUCUGCGCGACGGCCGCGGCGGGGCGUCUGGGGCGGGCGGCAGUCGCGCCGGCAUCGACGCCGCCAUUGCGGACUCGUCCGACGAGGACGUGGAGGGGACGGCGUCGUCGACAGAGAAGGCGGCGCCGCGGUUUGCCGCGGUCGACGGGUCCGGCAUGCCGGGCGCGCCGGACCCGCGGUCUGCGGAGGCGAUGGGGUCACAGAAGAAGUGGCACUCGCACAGCGUGCUGGCGAAGGAGUACAAGCGCGACCCCCGCAGCCCGCACAUCAUGGUGCUGAAGAGCAAGGUGCCGCAGUGGGACGGCGUGCUGCGUGGCUACAAGCUCGACUUCCACGGCCGCGCGACGAAGGCGAGUGAGAAGAACUUUCAGCUGGUGGCCGUGACGGACCCGGAGAAGGUGGUGAUGCUGUUCGGUAAGCAGAGCGAUGACCGAUUUGCCUUAGACUUUCGCUACCCGCUGUGCGGCUUGCAGGCGGCGGCGAUCGCGACGACCAUCAUGACAGCCCGCAAGGUGAUUAAAUAG